CACUUCGCAAGUGAACCCAACAACUCGUAGAAAAAAAUAAACUAAAGCUUCUCUCUCUCUCUCUCUCUCUCUCUCUCUCUCUCUCUCUCUCUCUCUCUCUCUCUCUCUAUUUGUGGUAAGAAAACAGAACAAGUGAAGAUCUCUUCCUCUCCAUCGCUCUUUGUGUUCUUCUUAGUAUCACAAAAGAGCAAACAAGAUGUCUAUAAGAAGAAUCUACCGAUGUCUGAACUCUUUAAUUAAAAGAUCAUGUGCUCAGUCUUUAUGAUCACACGUCCCGUUUCACACUUUGUUUCAAACUCUUAGGUUUUUUUCAGUUUUGUUCUCUUUCACUUGAGAGCAACCCCUUCGACCGUUUGUCAAAAAAAAAACAACCCCUUCGACCUCGAUCAAGAUAAUCACUGAACAAGAAAGCUGAUAUUCUUUGAAGAAUCAAGAAAUCAAGAACUCCAGAAUGGUGCGUACACCAUGUUGCAAAGCUGAACUAGGGUUAAAGAAAGGAGCAUGGACUCCCGAGGAAGAUCAGAAGCUUGUCUCCUACGUCAACCGUCACGGUGAAGGUGGAUGGCGAACUCUCCCCGAAAAAGCUGGACUCAAGAGAUGUGGCAAAAGCUGCAGACUGAGAUGGGCUAAUUAUCUGAGACCUGACAUCAAAAGAGGAGAGUUCACUGAAGAUGAAGAACGUUCUAUCAUCUCUCUUCACGCCCUUCAUGGCAACAAAUGGGCUGCGAUAGCUCGUGGAUUACCAGGAAGGACCGAUAACGAAAUCAAGAACCACUGGAACACUCAUAUCAAAAAACGUUUGAUCAAGAAAGGUGUCGAUCCGGUUACACACAAAUCAGUAAACCUCCCGGAGAUUCCAGAGAAACAAAACGUUAUUCCGACAAUUAUAACGAGCGAUGUUGAUCUUGAUAACGAGAAAAUGAAGAAUAACAACAAGAAGCCUGGUUUAUCAUCGGCUAAGUUCUUGAACAGAGUAGCUAAUAGGUUCGGAAAAAGAAUCAAUCAAAGUGUUCUGUCUGACAUUAUCGGAAGCGGUGGCCCAGUUACUACUAUUACUACAAGUCACACUGCUGCUACUACUACAAGUGUCACCGUCAAUUCCGAAUCAGAUAAGUCAACUAGCUCUUCCUUUACACCAGCUUCAAGUCUUCCAUGCCAGAUGACCGUUAAUGGUAACGCUACAUCAUCUCCGUCCACAUUCUCUGAUGCAUCCGUUAAUGAUCAUUUAAUGCACUGUGAUAACGAGGAUAAUAUUGAGUUCUCAAGAUUUCUGAAUGAUGAAGAUUUCAUGAUGUUUGAAGAGUCUUGUGUUGACAACACUGAAUUCAUGAAAGAACUUACGAGGUUUCUUGAGGAGGAUGUGAACGACGACCUCGAGGUGAUGCCCGUCUAUGAACAUCAAGAAAAGUUUGAAGAGAUUGAUAACUAUUUUGCAUAAGGGAAUCUUCUGGUGAAUCAUACAUGAUCAUUUCAAUAUGAUCAUGUUUAUAUCCCGUCAAUCGAUAUGUUAAGCUGAUGAUAAUAAUGAAUAAUUAUAAUUAUAAUGACGAUGCCGAACUAUGCUUGUACGUAGCUUGAAUUGUCAUAUCAGUGUUUUUUCUUUCUACUCUUUUGUAUGUUUCCCCUCAAGUGUGUUUCAUAUUAAGUGAAUAAAUUUACGGUGAUGUAGUAAUAAGUUAA